UGUGCUGUGUCCCUUGGACACAGCGGAUCACCGAUCCAUGGAAAGAGCUGAAGAUGUCAGCUUGGUCAUGUGAUCAGCUGUGUCCAAUCACAGCUGAUCACACUGAUCAUCAGAUCACUGAUGAUCAGUGUGCCCUGAUGAUCAGUGUAGCCCCAGCAGUGCCAGCUGUCAGUGCUCAUCAGUGCAACGUGCCAGUGCCCAUCAGUGCCACAUCAAUGCCACAUAUCAGUGCCUACCAGUGCACAUCAAUGCCACAUAUCAGUGCCCAUCUGAGCUGCCUUUCAGUGUCACCCAUCAGUGCCAGUCAGUGCCACCUAUCAAUGCCAAUCAGUGCCACCUAUCAGUGCUGCCAAUCAGUGCCACCUAUCAGUGCCAGUCAGUGCCAGUCAGUGCCACCUAUCAGU